AUGCAGUCGGGUAGGACCCCCCACAUCAAAAACCGCGCGCCGGCCGCGAUCCAGAUCACAGCCGAGCAACUCUUACGCGAGGCACAAGAGAGGCAAGAGUCGCAAUUCCGGGCACCCAAACAACGCGUCGAGGACUUCGAGGAGCUCAACGAGUACCGCGGGCGGAAACGCAAAGAGUUUGAGGAGCGCAUCAGGCGGAACCGUGGUAGCAUCAAAGAAUGGCUACAAUACGCCAACUGGGAAGCCUCCCAAAACGAAUUCAACCGCGCGCGCUCAGUCUACGAGCGCGCAUUGGACGUGGACCCCCGAAGCGUCCAACUCUGGCUGAACUACACCGAAACAGAGCUCAAAUCUCGCAACAUCCAGCACGCGCGCAACCUGUUCGACCGGGCCGUGACGACAUUACCGCGGGUGGACCAGCUGUGGUACAAAUACGUGUACCUCGAACAGCUGCUGGGCAACCCCGCGGGCGCGCGACAGGUGUUCGAGCGGUGGAUGGCGUGGGAGCCGGACGACAAAGCGUGGCAGGCGUACAUCAAGCUCGAGCAGGGGUACGAGGAGUUCGACCGCGCCAGUGCGAUAUACGAGCGCUGGGUCGCCGUCCGGCCCGAGCCGCGCGUGUGGGUCAAAUGGGGCAAGUUCGAGGAGGAGAGGGGAAAGGCGGCCAAGGCGCGCGAGGUGUUCCAGACCGCGCUCGAGUUUUUCGGGGACGACGAGGAGCAGAUCGAUAAAGCGCAAGCGGUGUUCAGCGCGUUUGCGAAGAUGGAGACGAGGCUGAAGGAGUACGAGCGCGCAAGGGUCAUUUACAAGUUCGCGUUGGCGCGUCUGCCACGGACCAAGGCGGCGAAUCUUUACGCGCUGUAUACGAAGUUCGAGAAGCAGCAUGGGACGCGGAAUAGUCUCGAGUCGACCGUGCUGGGGAAGAGGAGGAUACAGUACGAGGACGAGUUGGCGCAGGAUGGGAGGAAUUAUGAUGUGUGGUUCGAUUAUGCGAGGCUGGAGGAGGGCGCGUAUAAGGAUCUGGUGGAGGAGGGUGCGACAAGUACAGAGGAAGAGGCUGCGUUGGGACGCGUGAGGGAGGUGUAUGAGAGGGCAGUGGCGCAGAUUCCGCCAGGUGGGGAGAAGAGGCAUUGGAGGAGAUAUAUCUUCUUGUGGCUCAACUACGCGUUGUUCGAGGAGAUCGAGACGAAGGACUUCACCCGUGCACGGCAGAUCUACAAGACCGCGCUUGAACUCGUCCCCCAUAAGCAGUUCACAUUCGCCAAGUUGUGGAUCAUGGCCGCUCAAUUCGAAGUGCGGAGGUUGGACUUGCCCGCAGCGCGGAAGAUGCUGGGUGUGGCGAUUGGAAUGUGCCCCAAGGAACGGUUGUUCAAGGGGUACAUUGAACUCGAGUUUGACUUGAGAGAAUUCGACCGCGUCCGAACGCUCUACGAGAAAUACCUCGAAUACGACCCCACAAACUCCACAGCCUGGAUAAAAUACGCCGAGCUCGAAACCCAACUCGCCGACUACCCCCGCGCGCGCGGCAUAUUCGAGCUCGGCAUCGGCCAGACACCUCUAUCAAUGCCCGAGCUCCUCUGGAAAGCGUACAUCGACUUUGAAGUCGAGGAGGGCGAGAGAGAGAAGGCGAGGGAGCUGUACGAGCGGUUGAGCGGGAGCAGCGGGCAUUGGAAGGUCUGGGUCGCGUUUGCGCUGUUUGAGGCGGCGCCGAUUCAGGUGCCGAGGGAUGAGAGGGAUGAGGAUGAGGAGGAUGAGGAGGCGGAGCCGAAGAUGGUUGAGGGGGAUGUUGAGCGCGCAAGAGCUAUCUUCCAGCGUGGGUACAACGACUUGAGGAGUAAAGGGCUUAAGGACGAGCGUGUGGCACUCUUGCAAGUUUGGAAGAACUUCGAGGAAGAGCACGGUACGCCGGACGACGUCAAGAAGGUCGAAGUGAUGAUGCCCAUCCAAGGCAAACGCCGCUACGUCGACGAAGAGACCGGUCAACUCGUCGAGGACUACGACUAUAUCUUCGCCGACGACGAACGCGAAACCAACGCCAACGCCUUCAAGCUCCUCCAAGCCGCACACGCAUGGGCCGCCAAAUCCGGCGCUGGAGCCGGCUCCGGCUUCUUGGCGGACGACGACUCGUCGAGCGAUUCGGAUAGCGACGACGACGACGAUGCGGGAAAGGAGGGUAAGAAGGGUAAGGCGAAGGCGAGGGGAGGAGAUAGAAUGGAGGAGGAUGGAGAUGAUAAGAGUAGUGUUGCUAGCUCGGAGGGGUAG